CGCCUGUAUGAAAUAUGACAUGAACCAUCGCAAAAAUUCUGAUGAUACUCCACCGGCGUCUAGGACCGUCAAAGAAAUGAUGGCAGAGUUUCAAAAUAAACUGGACGACGGAGACAACAGAUUCCGGAAGCAACCACCACCGCCACCUUCCCCAAGACGAGCUCCACCACCGCCUCCUCAUCGGAAACCUGCAUCAUUAUCUCCACCUCCAGACGAUGAGAAUACAAUUCGACCGCCGUCUUCUUCAGAAUCGUCCGAAAAUAUUCCUGAAGAACCGCAGGAAUUGAUUACGCCAAAUACAACGAGACGAAGUCUUGGACCAAAGCCAACUGUUGCUCCAAAACCAUUAUUUCUGAAUGGAUUGCUUCCGUCAAGCUCAACCUCGGAUGUAUCAUCUCAAAAUUCUCCAAAAUGUGAUCCUCAUCCAUCUUGUACAACUCCAACUAUUCUAGUAUCUCCAGCUACUUCUGAAUAUUCAAAUGGAGUUUUCUUCGGUGCCAAUGAAACGAAUGGUAGUGGGGUUAAAGAUCGAGCUCGACAAUUGGUUAAUAUGGGAUUCGUACCAAGAAUGCAAAAUGGAGGAACUGGAACUCCGUCCGAAAGACCAAUUUCCCAAGUUUCUACAUUAUCUCAAGUUAGCGACGAAUUUGACGAAGGUGAUACAUCAGCUUCAGAUGAAGAAUCAAUGAAUAGUGAAAAGCAUCUUCGACGUCAUCGACACGAGGAUGAUUUCGAUGAGCUCCCACUUCCAAAAAAUGAACGGAAAACGACAACUGUUGCAGCUACACAUUCAGAAAUUAUGAACGAAAUGGAGCAUCUCUUUGUGAGAGGUGGUAAAAAGAAUAAUGGAGUUCACAAACAACAGAGACGCCAAUCGAAUAUCGAUGAAAUUCCAUCAGACGUGGGAAAACUGAGAGAUAAUCGAAAAGGUCGUCACAAUUCCUUAUUUGUUUCUCCAACUUCUGGAAUGUCAUCAUCUUCGACAGAUGAUUUCUCAAGAAUCACAAGUAUGACAAGUGAUCGUAGCAGUAUUUUAACAAGUCAUAGUGGCGGAGAAGACUCUACUGAUGGAGCAUCACCUGUGCCAGAUUAUGAGACUGGAGAUGAGAAGGAUGAUCAACGAUUGAAGAAACUUCAUUAUGCUGCUGUUGAGUUUUUGAAAGUUCAGAAUAAUUAUGUGCAAUAUUUAAAGGAAAUGGCAGUGCUCUAUCCGGAAUACAUGGAACGAUUUGGUAAACGAGUUGGACGAGAUCUUCUAGCUUCACACAAUGGUCAUGAAAAUGUUGUUUUACAAAUCAAGAAAAUAAUGGUUCAAAUACUGCCAAUCCAUGAAAUGCUUCUAAAAGAAAUUGAUAAAGUAUGUUCGAAUUGGGAUUCUCGAUAUCCGAAUAUGAGCAAGACUAUUGGAACUUUUGCCGAUUUCUUGAAAUGUUGUCAACCAUUCCUUGAUAAUAAAGCCGACUUUUUGAAUAAGCUGCUUCAGUUAAGAAAUGAAGAUAAAGAAUUUGACGAAGCAACUUAUAUGUUCGAGACAGAAGUGUUUAAACGUGGAAAGAAAGGGGCUGUAAUCCAACAACUCGAUCAAGUUCAUCAAAAUUUCAUGAGAUACAAGCUUUUAAUGCUUCGGUAUUCAGAAUAUUUGAUAGAUGACUGUGAUGAAAAGGAAAAAGCUCAGGAAGCCAUUCAGAAGCUGGAAAAUGUGACACAGGCGGUAAAUCAGAAAAUGGGCCUACCGACGACCGAGGAGCUGACAAAAUUGUACUAUCGAUUCCAGUGUCAAUUCAAUGUGCUCGAACCCGGACGUGUGUUAAUUCGUCAAUCAGAAGUGAUGAAACAGACUCGAAAAGAAUUACAACCUCGAUAUCUCGUCCUAUUCACUGACUAUCUUUGGAUUUGUCGAGUGAGCUCAUCUGGGCAAUUUGAUAUAAAUCGUUCCUACCGUAUACCAUUGGAAUAUAUGAAGUUUGAGAGAAUGGAAGAGGAUGAACGAAUACGGUGUCUACAAAUUAGAAGUCGUGUUAAAAGUGCCUUAAUCAUAUUUUCAUCGGAAAAAGAGAGAAAUCAAUGGACAGAUGAUCUUACAAAAGCGCAAUACGAUCGGAAAUCUUAUAAAAGAAGGCAAUCAACAGCUGUGCAAAGACAUGAUGAGAAUAAGAAGAAAAUGAACAAACUUUUAAUGUUGACACCUGAAGUACCAGAUGCCAGUGAUCUUGAAAGACCUCAAUUAAUUGAUUCAAGAUCAAGAUCAAUGAGUUGUGAAUCACAAGAUGAACUUUCUUCAGUUCCAGUAACACCUUUGGAUAAUGGAGAAAUUGAUGAAACUCUUGGAUUUGGUGAAGUAACUCGAAAUGGAUCAGGAAAAAAGCCGCCCUCGGAAAUGAUCAAACCUGUUUGGCUUCCGGAUAAUAUAUCAAAUGAAUGUUUAAUGGAGGGAUGCUCAACUGAGUUCAAUAUAAUUAAUAGGCGGCAUCAUUGUAGAGAUUGUGGAUGGCUGAUCUGCAAAUUUUGCAAAGGGCAAGCUCCACUGUCGAAAUAUGACUUUACGAAACAAAAUGUUUGCUCCGAGUGUUUUGAUCGGCAUUACAAAGCUUACAAAGACGGUGUUCUAUUCCCAUCUAAAAAUAUGAUAGUCCAAAGUGAUGAAACUAUUCUUGUGAAAAUUGGAAAACGCAACGACAAAGAAAUUGUGGAUCCAAGAAAAUUGUUCAAGGCACCCGUCAAUUAUGGAUUCCGGCAUCGAAAUGUUGAGGAAAAACGGGCACAGAGCAUUGUGUUUGGCAGGGUUUAUUUGAGUUUCAGAAGUCGAAAAACCGAGACUGUCCGCCAUGCUCUUCUUCGUCGUGAUGAUCUUAAACUGGUAUUCUACAAAGCAGAACUUGACUCAAAAUCUGUUCUAGAAUUGCUCAUUUAUGGAUAUUUCUACCGGGAAACACCACUUGAUGAUGGAUGGUUAUUUGAGCUUGUACAUCGGAAUCAAAUAAGAACUGAUGAUACCAAAGAUGACGUCAUUUCCUUCCGUGUCGACAACAGUGCAAGUGCAAAAAAGUGGUCGGCAGCAUUUGCGGAUAAACUUGAGUUGGAUCCUACUCGCGGCUGAUUGUUAUCAUUUGAUGAAUAUAACUUUCCUCCUGUUUCCCUGUGUAUUUUUAUUGUCCUUCCCCUAGUGUCAAAUAAGCUUCCGAUCAAUCGACCCCAAAGAAUUUUUUACUGGUAAUUUCAAAUUAGUCACUUUUCUGUACAUAAGAUUAAAUAUAAGAAUAUAUUUUUAUAUUGAAU